CUUCAUAAAGCGUGCCCGGGGACGCUCGCUCGCACUCUGCCUGUGGACCAUAUUCGAGCAGUUGUUGCCAUUAGCUAAGUAAUCGCUCGCUGCUUCCGGCGCCGGCGCUUCACGGUCGAUUACGUAUCGUAAUAACUACGCCGGCGUUACGUUUAUUGCGAAUCUCGGGAGAAUCGGUCAUGCGGUGGCGUAUCUCUUUUAUUUAUAUGAUUGCUGUGAAAAUAAUUACUAGCAUGGCAAAGGAGGAAGAGUUGCCUUUAUGUCCGACCGAAGUUAACUAUUUGCCGCAAAGUUUGCCGAUGCACUGCCGCAUGCCGCGUCAUGCCGACUAUCCAGUGUACCCGGGAGCGCUACCUAACCUUACGUUCCCUCCUCUGCCGCCGGGCUUCCAGGGUCUCGUGCCUGACAAGCUUCCGCAGCCAGCUCCUGGCACCGCGCCCGGUGCGCCGCCGCGAGGUGCCCCGAUGCCCAUGCCCAUGCCCAUGCAUGUGCCCAUGAUGCCCAUGCCAAUGCCGGCGCCGGCGGCAGCCCACAAGUUGCCCGUCAUUGUUAUGCCCUUCUACUCCCCGGACGGCGCGAGCAAACGAGAUCUCGACGACACAGGACGACAUACACAAAGAAAAAAGAAAAAACGCAUACACAGGAAGAGAAAGCCCCGACGCCAUUCUCACACCGAAUCGGGGACAGACACCAGUGAUGACGAGGACUGGAGCGCCGACACCCACGAGUCCUCCAGCGCCGAAUCCGACGCCGGCUGGUGGGCGGGCCGGCGCAGCGGAGGCAGAGCGCGCGGCCGGGCGCAAAGCGGGGCCGGAGGUCACAGGGUGCAUAGGAACAAAAAGGCGUUACUACAUCCUAUCCUCCAGUAUGUCACCGAGGACGGAUAUGUCAUAUACGAAAAAAAGAUCAGCAAAAACCAAGCUAACGAUUGGUUACAAAAUAAGAAAGAAGAAAACCUAAGAGGCUACAAUGAAGCCCCUAAAGAGGAGGACAGGGAUAAGGAGGAAGAGAACGAGGUGGUGCGCGGGGUGCAGGCGGGGGAGGAGACGCACACCGCGAUACUCGGAGGUGAAAACAAAACUAAAAUUAAAUCAUAUAAAAACCCUCAUCGACGAAAAUCAAAGAAAGCUUCAAAGUCAAAGGACAAUGAUGACGGAUAAGUUUUUAAGAGUAGUUCUGUUGAUGUUAUAAAGUUGAGUGUUGCCAUGUUUUGUACGUUUUGAAACAAACAUGCUGUGAAAACUUAUAAAGUCGUAAUAUUAGUUUAUCUAGCAUCAAAAAUUAACGUUCGAUAUUUCGAUGAGGACUUGGACGCCGUCUCGGGCUGAAGUAGGUGCACCAGCACUGUUGUGUCAUGUUCUCCUUAGAAAUUUUUAAAAUAUAUGCUGAAUUCAAAACUUAUCGGAAAGGCUGCAUCCAAAAUUCCACGAAAUAACUUUACUGUAACAUUUUUUUUACAAAUUAAACAAGAGAGCGAGUAAAAAGCAUUUUUAUCUGUAACUCA